CAUAACCCGCCUUACUCUCCCUCUGAUUGGCUAGUACUUAUUGUCUGCUCUGGUUGGGCUGGUACGAUUCAGGCAAAAUGAUUGGUUAGGGGAAGCUAUGUCAGGCUAAGCCAGAGGCAGAGUAGGGCGGGCCAUGACUUCGCCAUCCUGGGAAAAAAUCUCCGGACGACGGGGCUACUCCUACUCCGGCUACUCCUGCUCUCUCUCUGCUCUCUCUCUUCUGCUCUCUAGUCUCUUCCUGGAUUGGAAGUCAAUAGCUGAUACGUUCUGAAGAUGAGCUACCCAGGAUACCCUCCUCAGUCCGGUGGAUACCCACAACAGCCAGGGGGUUACCCAUCUCAACCAGGGGCAUAUCCACCCCAAGCAGGGGGCUACCCUCCUGCAGCAGGGGGCUACCCUCCAGCAACAGGGGGCUACCCUCCAGCAGCGGGAGGCUACCCCCCACAGGCAGGCGGAUACCCACCUCAGGCUGGCGGAUACCCACCUCAGGCCGGCGGUUACCCUCCGGCAGCAGGAGGCUACCCCCCACAGGCAGGCGGAUACCCACCCCAGGCUGGCGGUUACCCUCCUGCAGCAGGCGGUUACCCUCCCCAGGCCGGUGGCUACCCUGCCCCAGCUGGAGGCUUCCCUCCCCAGGCAGGAGGAUACCCAGCACAGUCUGGAGCAGGAGGCUAUCCCUCCAUGCCUCCUGGAGGUGGAGGCUGGGGUGCAGCACCAGGCGGCCAAGGAGUGCCAGGAGGGGCUCAGCAGGGAUACCCAGGGGGCCCCGCCCCAGGCCAGCCCAUGCCAAAUUACCCAGGAGCCCCCGCAACUAACCCCUCAAUGCCUGGAUAUGGAGGUGGAGCUCCAGUCAACCCUCAGGCACCUGCUAUUUCUCAAGGAUACAGGGGUUCUAUAAAAGACUUUCCAGGAGCAGAUUCACUGAGAGAUGUUGAGGUUCUUCGAAAAGCUAUGAAGGGUUUUGGCACUGAUGAAAAAGCCAUUAUUGAACUUCUGGGAAAUCGUACCAGCAAGCAGAGGGUUCCAAUGGUAGCAGCGUACAAAACAACUUAUGGGAAGGAUUUAUUUAACGAUCUGAAGUCUGAGCUCACUGGAAACUUUGAGAAACUUGUUGUUGCUAUGCUGAAGAGCCCUUCACAUUUUGAUGCAUCCGAACUGAGAGAAGCUAUAAAGGGUGCAGGAACUGAUGAAGCUUGUCUGAUUGAGAUUCUUGCAUCACGCACCAAUGCAGAAAUUCGGGAAAUCACCAGAAUCUACAAAGCUGAGUAUGGGAAGAGCCUGGAGGACGCCAUCAGCAAUGACACCUCCGGUCACUUCCGCAGACUUCUGAUCUCUCUCUCUCAGGGUAAUCGUGAUGAAAGGGAGACGGUUGAUGUUGCCUUGGCCAAACAGGACGCGCAGAAACUGUAUGCUGCUGGGGAAAAUAAAGUAGGAACUGAUGAGUCUCAGUUUAAUGCCAUCCUGUGUGCUCGCAGCAAGCCUCACCUUCGAGCGGUCUUCCAGGAGUACCAGCAGAUGUGUGGGAGAGACAUUGAGAAGAGCAUCUGCAGGGAAAUGUCUGGCAAUGUGGAGUCUGGCAUGGUGGCCGUGGUGAAAUGCAUCAGAAACCCACAUGCCUACUUUGCUGAAAGGCUCUAUAAGGCCAUGCAGGGAGCAGGGACCAAGGACACAACCCUCAUCCGUAUCAUGGUGUCCCGCUCUGAGGUAGAUAUGUUGGACAUCAGACAGGCGUAUGUGAAGGCUUACGGCAAAUCACUGUACACUCACAUCUCAGGUGAUACCUCCGGGGAUUACCAGAAGUUGCUGUUGAAGCUGUGUGGAGGUAACGACUAAAAGAAAAGAAAGAUGACCCUCCAUACGGACAAAAUAUAUGUCCACACUAAAAUCGUUGUUUUUGGACCAUAUAUCACCUCCGAUGCAUGCAGUUAAAGUUAGUUUUCCUAUGAAAACAGCCAAUCAUUUGUAUUCCUUUUGUAAUCUCUUUAGUGACAUUAUAGAUUCAUAUUUAGCUACUGUUUGUAGUAGAUGAUUGCCAAAAAGUAAAUAUAUAUUACUAAGAUGAUAUUUUUUUUAAAGACACAGUAGAUGGCUUUGUAAUUAUUGGGUAAAAGGUGGGGUCAUAAAGCAAAAAGUGGAUGCCCAAAAAUUUCCUACUUGAUGAAGAAAUUAACCAUAUAACUAUGCUAACUAUAUUAUAGAAUAGUAUUUAAAAUUGC